AUGGGUGCAUUUCGAAGAAUGACACCAAUGGUCUUCAUCAAAAGAUUUUGUUUAGCGGUGAGAAAGUCUUUACAAUUGAAGAAAAAUUCAAUCGCGAAAAUGAUCGUGUGUAAGCAUACAGCUCUAAAGAAGCUCAGGAAGUCAUUGGAAGAGCGGAAAGAGGUCAUCACCCUUCCUCACAGGAUUCCGCUCCAGCUCACAAGACUCAACACAGCAGUGGCUGCAAAAGAACAUUUCAUAGUUCAUCUCUGCCUCGGAUUGGCCCUUAGGAAGCCCUGA